CCCGCGAGGCGCGAUGGCGGACCCCGCUGCCGAGCUCUGUCGGGGUGAACCCCUGUCUCCCUGCUGCGUGCACCUGUGGCCCUUCGGACAUCUUUCUUCCAUCUUUCUGGAAACAAGCCCCGCACGAGGGCGCCAAAAUGCGGCCGACCCCUUGGGUGCUCGAGAGGAGCCUCAGCAGUGGGGUUGCUGGCGCGGGGAGCGCGGGGGGGGCACCCGAGGAAGCCAGCGAAGGGGUAGGGUAGGAGCUGGCUGGUUUGAGGGGCUGUCGCCGGCGUGUGGGGUGCGCAGCCUCGCGAAGGCGCACGUGCCAGGCCCUGACCAGGGGCCCCUCCAGGGUAUCCUCACCGCAGCCUUCAAAGGGCUGUUUGUUUAUGUGACUUCGUCUUGGGUUCUAACUUGCAAGGUCCCCAGAGGAGGCUUGCUUGCCCCUCCUAGCCCAGGAGGUGUGCAGUUGGAGCUUCAAACGACUUUUAAUUGGGAGAAAGUGAGGUUUGCUGCGGGGAGGUCUUCUCCAGACUUGUUUGGCAAGUGGCCCCAAGGGGGUGGAAAAUCAAAUGGAUCUUCCUUUCCCCUUUUUGUGUUGUUUGUUUUUGAAUAAACAUUUACUGUGCACCUAAAGGGUGCUAGCUUGUCUGCUUAAUGGGGCAAUAAGGAACAGGCCCUGCUUUUGAUAGAAAAAUAAACACCACAGCCUUCUGAACUCAGGGUGCACAGGUUGAGGAAAGGUAGGCCCCUUAUGGGUGCACAGCCCCCAGCCCUCUGUGUCCCUUCCCUCCUCUGCAGUGGCUAGGAUAGUGCUGUGUGCCUCAAGGAGCUGGUGGGGUUUGGUUUAAAUUGGCCAUCCUGUCACCAAUAGUUGGCAGUCUUGGCUACCUGUUGAACCCCAGUCUCUCCAGUAGGUGGUCUUACCAGUCCCUCCUUCGUGGCCUUACUAACCUCUCCCAUCCCCUACACUGGGGCUGUGGGCAAAUAGCCAUGGGGCUCAGUAUGUUCCAGGUAAUUUUCUAAGCACUUGAUGGCUCUUAACUCCUAGAGUCUAUUUUUACCCUUAUUUUGCUGGUGAGAAAACCAAAGCGUGGAGAGAUUAAGUAGAUUUUUGCCCAAAAGUCAGAAAGUGGUGAAGCUGGAUACCAGUCCCAACCAUCUGAUUUUAGCAUCCUUACUCUUAGUUUGGUGGCUCACCCCGUAAUGAUAGCUGCUGCUCUCAUUAUUGUUAUUGUUGAUUGAUUUACCUUAAAAAAUUAGAGCAGAUCCACACAAUGUCUGGAAUGUGUUUCAAGCUUCUUUUUCGGACAUGACAUGCUUUAGUCUUAAUGCUUUGGGGAUGUGAUUUCUUUUGGUCUUAUCCUUGUGCCCUCAGCACCUCUGCUGAUGGACCUCUGAUAGGUUCUCAGUGUCUGCUGGCUGAGGGAAAGGGGAAGUAGUCCUGAUAGCCGUCCUGUUGUGUUUCCCUUGGGACGAGGGCACCUUUGUGUGGCAUUGUGACUUUGCACAUGUCCCUGAGCUCAUGUGCUCUGUCAUUAGAAAUAAUGCCGCUGGGGGCCUCCCUCGUGGCCUAGGGGUUAAGUCUCAGUGCUAUCACCAGACCUCUGAGUUCUGUCACAGCCAGGGAGCUACCCACGUGGCGCCGUAGACCUCUCCUGUCUCCUGGCUGCUCCCCUCAGCAGUGUAUUUCAGUAGAUCUGCCUCCUCUGCUCCCCACUCUGUCUCUGGUGAAUCCUCUCACCACCCACUCACCCUACACCCUAGUUCUUGUAUGCAAAGUAAGUAAAAAUCUUUGGAAAAAAAAAAAGACUGCGAGACUGCAGCUGACUUCUUGGGCAUUGUUGUGGGAAUUGAGCUAUUCCAGUUAUUCUUGGACGAUGGCAGAAGCAGUUUUCCAUGCCCCAAAAAGGAAGAGAAGAGUGUAUGAGAGUUACGAGUCUCCACUGCCCAUCCCUUUUGGUCAGGACUGCAGUCCGAAGAAAGAAUUCAGAAUAUUCCGCGCUGAAAUGAUCAGCAACAAUGUCCUUGUGAGGAACGCAGAAGAUAUCCAGCAGCUGUAUGGGAAGGGUUAUUUUGGAAAAGGUAUUCUGUCCAGAAGCCGCCCAAACUUCACAAUCUCAGAUCCUCAGCUAGUUGCUAAGUGGAAAGAUGUGAAGACAGACUGGCCUAUAAUCACCGCUAAGAAGUAUCGGCGGAGUGUGGAGUUGGCGCGGGAGCUCAUGCACAGGCAGGGGCAUGAUAAGAACACAGUGCAGGGUGUGCUCGGGGCCUGCACAGAAGGGCCAGAGCACCCCCCUGGAAGAGGGAACCAAGAGGCUGCACCGCCCGGUGCGCCAAAUGCUGACAUGGCUCCCAGCACGGAUCACACAGCGGGUGGAGAAAAACUUCCCGUGGCGGAGAGGGACACGGGAAGGUCAGAUGGCACGGAGGAGCCCGGCGAGCGAGCAGCCAGCCCGCAGGAGGGCCCAGGAACUAACAGCCCAGAUGGAUGCGCGGCAGAGGUAGCUGCUCCUGCGCCCCAGGGCCACUGCCACCCACAGGACAUUCCACCUCCACAGGGUGGCACUCAGCCUGAGGACAGCGGCCAGGCGGGUAUCCUCUGUGCCCAGGAGAAGAGGCCGGAUGAGGAGUACGUGCUGGUGGAGGAAGCCGUGUGUGAUGUGAGCGAGGGGCAGGAUGCCCCAAGUGAGGAGUUGGUGCAAAAAAAGAGACUAGUCUGCAGAAGAAAUCCAUAUAGGAUCUUUGAGUAUUUGCAGCUCAGCCUAGAAGAGGCCUUCUUCCUGGUCUAUGCCCUGGGGUGUCUAAGUAUUUACUAUGAGAAGGAACCUUUAACAAUUGUAAAUCUCUGGAAUGUUUUCACCAUGAUCCAGCCCACAUUCAGGACGACGUACAUGGCAUACCACCACUUCCGAAGUAAGGGCUGGGUGCCCAAAGUGGGACUUAAGUACGGCACAGAUCUGCUGCUGUAUCGAAAGGGCCCUCCAUUUUACCACGCCAGUUACUCCGUCAUUAUCGAGAUGGUCGACGAGCACUUCAAGGGAUCUCUGCGCCGCCCUUUCAGCUGGAAGUCGCUGGCUGCCCUGAGCAGAGUCUCUGUCAAUGUCUCCAAGGAACUUAUGCUGUGCUAUUUGAUCAAACCCUCCACCAUGACUGACAAAGACAUGGAGUCCCCAGAAUGUAUGAAGCACAUCCAAGUCCAGGAGGUGAUUCUGAGCCGUUGGGUUUCUUCCCGAGAGAGGAGUGAGCAGGACGAUCUUUAACCAUCCACUGCAGAUUUCCGAUUCCCCAGCAAGACUUCCUGAGCCUCCUGUGGUAAAGCAAGUUCUAAGAGAUGCAAGACAUCCUCUUAUUGUGACCACCCAUUAAUUUAAAAGUGUUAAAGAGCUUGGUGCUCACAGAACCUGCCAGCUGUUAAUGUUUUAGAAGAUAAAAUGACACGAGGAAGAAAGAAAAAGAACCAAAUGCCACUCUGCCCUUGGUAAAUCCACUGGGAACACAGAUGGGUGGUUACCAAGGGCAGAGAGGAGCAGCUGCUGCGGGGCACGGAGCUGCCUUUUGGGGUGAUACCAUGUUCUGGAGUAGUCAGAGGUGGUGGUCACACGACAUUAUGAAUGUGCCAAAUGCUACUGAAAUACCCAUUUUAAAAUAAACAGGUUUACAUAAUAUGAAUCUCACCUCGGUUGUUAUUGUUGUUUUUUAAGUAAAAAGCAACGUUACUGGCCCAGGCGGCCUCUAGAUCAUGUGGUUGGCUCUUACAGGUGCCGCAUACCCCGGCCCCCGGUCAUCUGCAGCUCUGAUGAUUCCUGAGAGAGGGGGUGCACCCCUUCCCAAGAAACUCUGGUCUCUGCACCCCCCGGGCUGUUCGUGGGCAGCUGGUUCUCUCACGUUGUCUCAGCUUCCACCUUGAAGCCUCGUGGUUUCUGGCCUCAUCCCCCACUGUAAGGGGAAAUGGUGACUUCUGUGCCCUUAAUGUCCUACAUUCUUGAAAAGGGGUUCACUUCUGUCAGAGUAGCUGGUUCAUACAUAUAACCCUGGGCAGGUCUGAACCACUGAGAAUGAGGCUUUGGGCGGCUUACCAGGCGGGAGGAGGCUGGAGCUGGUUAGAUUUCCCUACCUGCACAAAUCUGAAUGUUCAUUGUUAUUUAUUGAGUAA